AUGGCUACUCUGGAAGAAAAGCGUCGGAUAGCCUUUGCGAAAGCGUUAUCCAUGACCAAGCAGCACCCUAAUGAAGGAAAGGUUGAAGAGCAGAAUGAAAACAAAAUAGAAUCAGAAGAAACUCAAAAGCUGCCUAAAGAAAACCCUCUGAUUAAACCUAGUUCUUUCAACAUGCGUCCUAUAUACUCACGCGUUGAUAUAAAUUGUGAUAAAUGGUUACUUACAAUGGAUGAUGCUUCAAAGCUCAAGUUAGAGACUCCUCCCACUCUAGCAGAUGGAAUAGAUAUUGAAACUGAAAAAGAGUUACGUUUCCUUGGUUGUGAACUCAUACAAGCAGGCGCAAUCCUUCUAAGGCUUCCCCAAACGGCAGCAGCGACAGGCCAAAUAUUGUUUCAAAGAUUUUAUUUUCAAAAAAGUUUUGUAAAUUACAUGCUUGAGCAUACUGUGAUGGCAUGUCUUCUGCUGGCUUCAAAAAUUGAGGAAGCUCCUCGUAGACCUAGAGAUGUCUUCAACGUUUAUUGCCGAUUAGAACAACUUCAUAAAAUUUGGCAAACUGGACGAAAAGUCACUAAGGAAGAUACUGCGAGAAUGAGGCCACGCGCUGUAGACGCAAGUUAUGUAAAUACGAAAAACCAUAUCAUCAAAGCUGAAAGAAGAUUAAUGGCCACACUCGGCUUUGUUGUACAUGUUAAGCAUCCUCAUAAACUUAUUUGUUCUUAUAUAUUCAUUUUGAAUCAAGCCCAUCGUUUAGACCUCAUUCAAAAAGCUUGGAGUUACAUGAAUGAUGGGCUACGAACUGAUAUGUUUGUACGAUACACUCCUGAAACAAUCGCUUGUGCGUGUAUAUUCUUAGCGGCGCGAACUGUGGAACCUCAGAUACCGUUACCAAAAACUCCUUCCCACUGGUUUGACCUUCUGGGUGCUUCAGAGAAAGACGUCCGAGAUAUUGCUUCCACCCUUCAGCAGUUGUAUAGUAGGAAGAAGGCUCCUAAUCUGAACAAACUCAUGACUGUUAUUGAUAAAAUCAGAACUGAUCGAGAAGUAGCUGAGAAAGCCAGGCAAGCCUCUCUAGUGGCGCAAAAGCUAGUUGAUGCUGGAAAAGACAUUAAAGAAAUUAAAGAAGACAGUAAAGAAAAGGAAAAAACCAAAUCGCGAUCCAGAAGUAGAUCACGCUCGAGAAGCCCAAGGAGAAGAAGCUCAAGAUCUCCAAGAAGACGACGAGAUUCUCCUGAUCGACGAAGGAGAGAUGAUCGUACUAGGAAAGAUGGCAGACGUGAGGAAAAGAAUAGAAGGCGAAGUAGAAGUAGGGAAAGGUUUUAUAAAGACAAACUUAAGGAACAAAGUAGAAAUCGUAAGAAAGAAGUAUAUCAAUCACUGGGUAAGCGCUAUCGCAAAUCUUCGCAAUCUCCUGGUAUCAAAGCUAGGAAAAUCACAAUUAUGGAAGAAUUGAGGUGUCUCGAAUUCUAUUCUGGAAUAGGGGGAUUCCACUAUGCUCUCAAUGCCCUCGAUAUCAAAGUGUCAAUUCUAGCUGCUUUCGAUAUUAAUACGACUGUUAAUGCUAUUUAUAAACACAAUUUUCCUGAUACUCCUUUGUGUCAGAACAACAUUCAAGGUUUAACAGCUGCAGCAUUGGAUAAAUAUGGGGCGAACCUAUGGAUUUUAAGCCCUCCUUGCCAGCCGUUUACUAAAAAAGGAUUACAACUGGAUGUAGAAGACAGAAGAUCUGAUUCUUUUCUUGCUCUGUUGAAAAUUUUUUCGGAUAUGAAAUGUCCUCCAGAUUAUAUUUUCGUUGAAAACGUCAUGGGUUUCGAACAGUCGGAAGUUCUUCAGCAGUUUGGUGCAACGAUCGAAGCCAAGGGAUAUUCGUGGAAGUAUUAUACAAUUAAUUCACUCGAGCUAGGAAUUCCAAAUAGUCGUCCUAGAUGCUAUGUGAUGGCUGCACUCGAUAAACAUCGCAUCGACUUUGAAAGUAUCAACGAAGCCCUAAAUCAAGCAAGACAGACAUCAGUUCCUCGGUCUUUGGGCCAGUAUUUGGAUAAGACAGUCAAUUUUGAAACUCAUCCUGAGUUAUACUUAUCUGAAGAAAUGCUUUUUAAAUUUGGAGCUACCAUGAACUUGGCAACAGUAGAUUCCGUAAAAACUACAUGCUUUACGAAAUCAUAUGGUCGUUUCAAAGUCGGUUGUGGCUCAUACGUAUGUUGCGAACCUCACCUAGUAUCUGACUCAGACCAUUUUAUUUCUGAAAGAAAAGAUUCAUGCUCAGACGAAAAACUGGGACAAGUUGUACGAAGAUUCAUGCCUGGUGAAAUGGCAGCGCUCCUUGGAUUCCCAGAAACUUUCAACCAACCACCCCACAUAACAGAUCAACAGAUGUACAAAAGUCUAGGAAAUUCAGUUAACGUUACAACUGUAUCGUUCCUUCUAAGCAAGCUGCUCAUUAGAUGA